GACACCCCGGAGACGUGCAUCUACUCGGCCUGGUCGCCCUGGUCCGCCUGCAGCAGCGCCACCUGCGACAAGGGCCGGCGGAUGAGGCAGAGGAUGCUGAAGGCCCAGCUGGACCUCAGCGUCCCGUGUCCACACACCCAGGACUUCCAGCCCUGCAUGGGCCCGGGAUGCAGCCAGGAGGAGCCGUCCACGUGCAUGAUGUCUGAGUGGAUUAGCUGGUCGGCCUGCAGCGCGUCCUGCGGGAUGGGGAUGAGGUCCAGGGAGCGCUACGUCAAACAGUAUCCCGAGGACGGCUCGCUCUGCCAGUUCCACACCGAGGAGACGGAGAAGUGCGUGGUCAACGAGGAGUGCUCUCCCAGCAGCUGCGUGGUGACGGAGUGGGGGGAGUGGGACCCCUGCAGCGUGACCUGCGGCCUGGGCAUGCGGAGGCGGGAGCGCAUGGUGAAGAUGCCCCCCAGCGACGGGUCCAUGUGCAAAGCAGAGGUGGCCGAGCUGGACAACACCCUGCUGCGCUUCGUUACUCGGGCAGUACUUGUACUUCGUUACUUCCCACCACUGAAAAAGAGCAAAAGCGCCCCGGACUUGGGCCCCUGCGUGCUCACGCCCUGGUCGGACUGGAGCGGCUGCAGCCGGACCUGCGGGCCGGGGGUCCGGACCCGCAGCAGGAUGCUGAAGUCCGACCCGGCCCAGUGCCCCGAGGAGCUGGAGCAGAGCGAGAAGUGCAUGCUGCCCGAGUGCCCGGUGGACUGCAUGGUGUCCGAGUGGUCCGAGUGGUCCGAGUGCAACAAGUCCUGCGGUAAGGGACACACCAUCCGGACCCGCAUGGUCAAGCUGGAGCCGGAAGGAGUACUUUCGGGAGGAGCAGAGCACAUCCUGGAGCAGAGCCGCGCUUGA